AACGAAUUCGCUCCAAAAUUUAAGUUGUCAAUUAAAAAGAAUAUUUAUUUAUUUCAUUUUUCUUGUCUUACGCAAUGGAGAACGUGAACACGAAUGAUGUCUAUGAUCCUCACCAGCAUCGAAAGAUUGAGAAUCCAAUGAGCAAUUUUGAGGUUUACAUCAGCUUGUUAAAGGCCUCCAUUGGCAUCGGUUGUUUGGCGAUGCCGAAAGCUUUUCAAGCCGCUGGUUGGCUCAACGGUUUAAUUAGUACCGCAAUAAUUGGCUGUGUCGUUAUAUACGCUUUGCAUGUGUUGCUGCGAGGCAUGUACGAGCUCUGCAAACGGCAGCGUGUACCGCAACUGAAUUAUCCAGACUCGAUGGCGCUGGCUCUGGAAGGGGGUCCGAAAUAUUUACGAUUUCUAAGCGGAAGUGCGCGCUCCACCAUUGACUUCAUUUUGGCUUUCUAUCAUUUUGGCGUCUGUUGCGCUUAUGUCAUCUUCAUCGCUGAUAAUCUCAAGGAAUUGAUAGAUUUUUAUGGUUAUGAAAUCGAUAAUCGCUUCUAUAUAUUCGCUUUAACGGUACCGCUCUCAUCAAUUUAUUUGGUACGCGAUCUAAAGAAUCUGGUGCCGUUCAAUGCGCUUGCGGAUGCCCUGAUUUGUUUUAGUUUUCUCAUUGUUUUCUACUACAUUUUGACGGAUUUGUCAGCGUUGUCGCAGCGCGUAGCUUUUGCCAAUAUACAAGGAUAUCCUCUUUUCUUCGGCACGGUGCUGUUUGCCAUAGAAUCCGUGGGUGUGAUAAUUUCCAUUGAGGCUAAAAUGAAAUUUCCCAAGGACUAUUUAGGUUUAUAUGGUUUAUUGAAUAUGGGCUUGGGUACAUCGCUGAUGCUCUACGCGUUGGUGGCCUUUUUCGGUUAUUGGCGUUACGGUGAGCGGGUUAAGGAUAGCAUUACGUCAAAUUUACCAAUGGAUGAACUCUUACCCCGGUUAGCUAAGCUCAUGUUCGCAAUGGCGAUAUAUUUAUCAUUCGCUUUGCAAGGUUAUGUAACCAUCGAGGUGUGCUGGCGGCGAUAUUCAGAAUAUAUGACUUUGAAGCAAUCGCAUCCCUUGGAAUAUGUAUUGCGUAUAGCUAUAGUACUUGGUGCAGUGCUCGCCGCUGUCAUGAGCUCUCAACUGGUCUUAAUUCUCUCGCUCGUUGGCUCCUUCUCGCUGUCCUACCUUGGAUUGAUAUUUCCCGGUAUACUGGAUUUGUGCUUGCGUUACAGCUCAGGGUUUGGACGUUACAACAUUUAUCUGUGGCAAGAUCUGUUUUUGAUCACCUUUGGAUUUUUUGGUGGUGUCGUGGGAACUUGGUUCUCGAUCAGGGAUCUCUAUACGACUUAUCAGCGUUUGCUCUAAGCUGGGAAUAAAUAUACCGUUUGAUGAGCACGCGACAACUAUUGCUUAUUGUUAAUGGCAAUUGUUUGUCUACCUAUAAAUAAUUAGAAAAAUAAAUAUAUAAAAAAUAAA